AUGAGUCUCAACUUUGGUGCUAGUGACUUUAUUGCACUUGUGGACCUGGCAAAUCGAGUGCGAAAACGAUUUAAAGAUGCGCCGGUGCAAUUCCGGGCUAUAACAGAGGAUGUGAAAACACUUUCAAAUGUUCUCCGAGACAUUGAUGAUUAUGAACCUGAAGAAAGCCUGGACAUGCCACAACUGAAGAGCCUUAAUAGCGUCUCCCGAACCUGUCUGGGUGUAUUGGAGGAAGUCGGCCAAACGCUCGAUAAGUACCAAGAGCUGGCGGGUGAUCGCAAGUCUCACAGCCUGAAAGGAUUUAGUAUUCGCGUCUGGAAGGGAUUGAAAUGGGACCAAGGAGAGAUCGACGAUUUCCGCUCACGCAUAAACGCAAGCACUGACGCACUAAAUUUGCUGUUAACCGGAAUCAACAGUCAUACGGCCUUUCAAACCAGGGCUCUAGUACAUUUCACCAACCAAAGAGUCGAGUAUCUUGUUCGUCAUCAAGACCAGGAAAAGAUAGAGAAGAUAUUUGACUGGCUCUCUCCAAUCAAUCCCGCAGCCAAACAAGCUGAUCUUCGGCGUGGCCGACAACAAGGCACUGGUCAAUGGUUUCUCGAAACCCAGUGCUUUCAACAAUGGAUUGAGCAGUCCCAGCACACUGUCAAAGACCAGCGCACUCUCUUCUGCCCAGGUAUUCCAGGUGCAGGCAAGACUCUACUGGCAUCAACGAUAGUGGAUGAGCUACAACGACGCUUUGGGCCAGAUAGGAGUAUUGGGUUGUCCUUUUUCUAUUGUGAUUUCCGUGAGAGAGUGACCCUGGAAGCGAUCCUUGGGUGUCUUCUCAAACAGCUAGUCCACCGACUACCGGUCAUUCCAGAACCCCUUGAAGACCUUUAUGAUGAUCACUUGGAAACCAAAACGCGAGCGUCACUCGGUGAGCUCAUCGAACUGCUCGGCGUGGCGGCCUCGAGGCUUUCAAAAACGUUUAUCGUGGUCGAUGCACUUGACGAGUGUCGGCUUUCUAGUGGAACUCUAAUGACCCUCCUCGACAACAUCUUCGGGCUUCAGAAGAGUCAUAAUGUGGGAUUCCUCGCCACCUCAAGAGAUUAUCCGGACAUUGCUGUCAAAUUUCACAGGAAUCCGUGUGUGAAGAUCCGAGCGGAUCCUGGGGACAUCGAAAGGUUUCUACGGGGCCAGAUGAAUAUCCUCCCGAAUUUUGUCCAGCAGAGAGUGGACUUGCAAGAGGAGAUUAUUCUUCAUAUUUCACAGGCGGUAGAUGGAAUGUUCCUGCUUGCGCGGCUACAUCUCGAUUCUCUUCAAGGGAAGAUGUCUCCCAAGAAAAUUAUAAACGAACUCCACACUCUCCCGGCAGGACUAGAUGCCGCUUAUGAAGAGGCCAUCAAGAGGAUUGAGAGUCAAAUGCCAGACCAAAGCAAAACUGCAAAAGACGCUCUUUCAUGGAUCGUCUGUGCAGCGCGGCCUUUGACCCCCCUUGAGCUACAACAUGCUCUCGGUAUCGAGAUUGGCGAGCCCUGCCUAGAUGAAGAAAAUCUCCCCGAAAUACAGGAUAUCGUCUCCGUCUGCGCUGGACUGGUGGCAAUUGACGAGCAAAGUCAUGUAGUGAGAUUGGCCCACUACACCACUCAGGAGUACCUGACAAACAAUUGGGCUACACUGUUUCCAGAUGCUCAUUAUUUGCUCGGUGCUUCCUGUGUUACCUAUCUGGCCUUUGAUGCUUUUCAGAGUGGAUUCACCCCCUCCCCAGAGGAAUUUGAAUCACGCCUCGACGAAUACCCGCUAUAUUCCUACUCGGCGCUUAACUGGUCGUACCAUAUCAAGAGCCAGGACAUGCAGUUAGAGUUGGCGAUGGGUCUUCUUAGCGACAAACAGCUCGUCACCGCUUGUUCCCAGGCCCUGCUAAUAGAAAACGAGCCACGAAAUGCCAGUCAACGCAUGAUCCAAGAAAUCAGAGGGCUACACCUUGCAGCUUAUCUUGGGUUGGAUGAAGCUGCCAAAGCGAUUGCUAUCGAGGAACUCACAGUUGACAUCCAUGAUGGACUGCAACGAACACCUCUAUCGUGGAUGGCCGAGAUAGGUCGCGACGGAGCGGUCGAGCUCCUCCUGGGGAUGGGAGCAAAUCCGAACUGCACAGACAUCGACGGCCGAACACCCCUAUCAUAUGCGGUGCUCCAAGGUCGUGAAUCUGUUGUUGCUCGCCUGAGGAAUCAUGGCGUUCGCAUGGAUUCUAAAGACCGACAAGGGCGAACCCCGUUAGUCUACGCAAUUUGGGGCGGCCACGAGACAAUCGUCGAUUUACUUCUCGGGGAAGGCAUCGAUGUCAACGGCAAAGACGAGCACGGAAAGACACCUCUCAUCCACGCCAUACAACAUAGCUUCGGGGGUCGAUUUGAAACAAAUACUCGGGUGGCGAUCGUGGAGACAUUGUUGCAGAAAGGCCCCGAUUUGAAUUGCCAAGACAAGGCUGGGCAGAGUGCCUUAGCUUAUGCUGUACAAGACGGAAAGACCAUAUUUGUUAAAAUGCUUCUAGAAGCCGGAGCCAGCUUCGAAAAUGAAGAUUCGCAAGGUCUGGCGCCCUUGGCAGUCGCAGUUGGACGAGGAUAUGAAGACGUCGUUCAGGUUCUCCUUGAAUGGGAUGCAGACCCAGAGUCGGAAGAUCAGGACGGUUAUGUACCGCUAUCAGCGUCUGCGCAGCGUGGGCACACGUCAAUGGUCCGCAUUCUCCUAGAAGGAGGUGCAGACCCGAAUCUCCAAGAUAAGUUCUACGGGAAAACGGCUCUGUCCUAUGCAGCGUGGAACGGGUAUCUGGACAUCGUCGAAAUGCUGCUCCAAAGGGGUGCAGAUCCUAAUCGCAAAGACAUACAAGCUCGCACCGCGUUAUCAUGGGCAGCAGAGUAUGGGCAUUGCAAGGUAGUUGAAGCUUUGCUGGACCACAGUACUCAAACAGCUUGCGACGAGGACCUCUGCCAUCUUACUCCGUUGGAUUAUGCAGUCUCAAAAGGCCGAGAUACAGUUGUAGAGCUAUUCCACAGCAAGGGUUAUGCGAGUGUGACCUCAAAGCCCAACUUAAUCGGCCCUCCGGCACAUCUUGAAGUCAGCCAGCCAUAUGAAACUGCGUUCAAGUCGUUCCAGAUAGAAGAUAUCUAG